AUCUUGCGUGGGUGACUGCAUUGGCACAGAGUGCCCAGUGUGCCACAUGCCAGCCUGGGUGCAAGAUGCCCAGAUAAACCGGCAACUGGAUGACAUGAUUCAGCUUUGCAGCAAACUGCGGCAUCUCCUGGGCGCGGACACCUCAGAUUCAACGGAAGACAUGUCAACACCAACUGACUCAGACUUUGGAAAGAAGAAUAAGAAGGAACAGAUCAAAAUGUGGUUCAGCCCAAGAAGUAGGAAGAUUCGUUGUGUCCUGAACAAGAGUCAGCCUAAGACUAAAAGUGAUGACCUUGGUCAAGACACACCUUCAACUUAUGAUUUCUUUCCUUCCCCUCCUCAUGAAAAGCCCUCCAAGCCGAUAAAAAAGCCAGCACAGAGACAGGGUAAGAAGAUGAAGAAGAAACGUCUAGCAGACAUUAACAAAGUGUGGAGCUUGGAGAAGCCUGAGCAGAAAGGAGGUGUUGAGGAGAAGACUCCCAAGAACAAGUGUGUGACCAUCUGCAGCCAACCAGUAGUCCUGUGCACUCCGGAACCAAAUAGCCCUGAAGAGACACUUCAGCAGGAGUCUGUAAAGGAAGCUGACUCCGGCAAAAAUAUGGAAAAUAUGGAGAUAUUACCAGAGGUAAAAUCCUCAGAGAAGAAGGAUAACAGCGAGGUUGCGUGCCCUGCACAAGUCAGCAAGGAAAACAGUUGUGCUACAGGGACAUCAUUGUCAGUAGGAAAUGAAACUACGCCUUUAAAACGUGGAAGGGAGCAAUCCAGACUGCCAGUUACUUCUCAGAGUAAAAGGCCACGAACAACCGAGAGGAGCAUGAUUGAGAAGACAGGCAGGCAGGCAGAUGGCUUAGAGGGGUUACCUCCAGGUUGCCCCAUCUCCCCAGCGACUGAACGCAAGACACCAGUUAAGAUUUCUUCCUCUGUAUCGAAGCUCACUGACCCUGUAAUGAAGACAAGAAGCUCUGCAGCCUUUCAAGCAAUAAAUAGUCCUUCACUUUCAAAAUCUCCCUCUACCCCAUCUACUUCUAAGACUUGUAAUCAAGUAGGAAUACCACGCAGUCCUUCUGAGUUGAAGUCCCCUGCUGGUAACGCAAUUGCCAGAAGAAAUUACAAAGGAGAGACUUUGCUCCAUGUUGCAUCCAUCAAG